AUGGCGUCCAUAGCUGCCUCUCUUGCGCAGGCUCUCCCAAAGCCGAAAUACACGGGCGAGGAGGAGGAGAUCCCCCAGCAUGCCCAGCAGCGCGGACCGCGGAUUGUCGGCGCCGGCCAAAUCGAUGAGUCUCAGAUCGUGCUUCGAAGGUCGGGGCCUCCACCUUAUGGCCAGCGAUCAGGAUGGCGUCCAAGGGGCCAGGAAGAUUUCGGCGACGGUGGCGCAUUCCCCGAGAUCCCGGUUGCGCAGUAUCCUCUCGAGAUGGGAAAGAAGGGCUCCAGCACUAGCAAUGCGCUCGCAAUUCAGGUCGAUGCCGAAGGCAAGGUCAAAUACGACGCGAUCGCGCGACAGGGCCAUGCCGAGAACCGAAUCGUGCAGGCCUCUUUCAAGGAUCUGAUCCCGCUCCGACAACGCGCCAACGCUGGCGAGAUUGAUCUCGCGAGACCGAGCGAGGAAGAAGUGGCCGCGACGGCUGAGAAGACCAAGAACGCGCUCGCUGCGCUGGUGAGCGGCGCAGUCGCGGCCCAGAAACCCAAGAACGUCAAUGUUGGCUCCCGCAAGGACCCGACAUUUGUGCGGUAUACCCCGGCAAACCAGAUGGGCGACAACUCGAAGAAGCAGGACCGCAUCAUGAAGAUUGUGGAGAGGCAGAGAGACCCCUUGGAGCCUCCCAAGUUCAAGCACAAGAAGAUCCCCAGGGGGCCCCCGAGUCCGCCGCCGCCUGUGCUGCGCUCGCCUCCACGCAAACUCACGGCCGAAGAUCAGGAGAUGUGGAAGAUCCCGCCGCCUGUCUCGAACUGGAAGAACCCCAAAGGUUUUACGGUUCCUCUCGACAAGCGCCUGGCGGCAGACGGACGGGGUCUGCAAGAUGUCACCAUCAACGACAAAUUUGCGCAAUUCAGCGAGGCUCUCUUCAUGGCCGACAGGCAUGCGCGUGAGGAAGUCAAGCAACGUGCAAUCAUGCAGCAGAGGUUGGCGGAGAAGGAGAAGCAGGCCAAGGAGGAUAAUCUUCGAAACUUGGCCCAAAAGGCGCGCGAAGAGCGCGCGGCUGCCGCAAGAGGUCGCCGGGCGUCAUCCCGGGACUCGAGAGACUCUCGGGAUUCUCGUGACUCCAGGUCUCGGUCUCGAUCUCGAUCUCGCAGCUACAGCUAUUCCGGGUCCGGAUCCGAGAGUGACUCUUCAGUGCGCCAAAGAGAGAAGGCGCGUGCCGAUAGGAGACGUGAGGAGGAGCGAAAGCUGCGACAGUCGAGAAUGGGCGCUGAGAGGAGGGUGCAGGUCAUGGCACGUGAGCAGAACCGCGACAUCUCAGAGAAGAUUGCGCUGGGUCUGGCCAAGCCUACACAGCAGGCCGAGACCAUGUACGACUCGCGACUUUUCAACCAGACCAGUGGUUUUGACAGUGGCUUCAACGAGGACAACCCAUACGACAAGCCACUUUUCCAGGCACAAGACGCCAUCAGCAGCAUCUACAGGCCAAGUGCCGCGAAUGAUGACUAUGAAGAUGAGGAGGCUGGAGAUCGGGAGAUGGCCAAGAUUCAGAGACAAAGCCGGUAUGGUGAAGUGUUGGGCAAGGGCACUUUCAAGGGAGCUGGUGAUGCCGAGGCACGAGAAGGCCCGGUCCAGUUCGAAAAGGAUGGCGGCAUGGAUCCUUUUAACGUUGACAAGUUCCUGACCGAGGUCGACCAGAGCUCUUCGUCAAAGAGAGGUUACGGGCUGCAGGAGGAGGACUCGCGGCAGCAAAAGAGGGCGAGAGUCGACGAGGAUGAGGACUGA